AUGAGAAGUAGACGAGAACGCAUCAGAUUCACAGAUGAUCAAUUGAAAAUCCUCAUCAAAACAUUCAAUGAAACACCUUACCCGGAUUACACUGCCAGGGAAAAUCUUGCUUUAGAAAUGGGCAUUGAAGAGUCUAGAAUCCAGGUUUGGUUUCAGAACCGAAGAGCUAGGUACCGAGUCCAGAGAAAAUCAGAACCUAAGGAGGACUUACGAGCAAGCCAAGAUGAAGGUCACCCUGUGGAAAACAGUCAAGGCAAAGACGACAGACGGCGUCGGACCACUUACACUUCCUCCCAGUUACGCGCCCUCGUCUCGGCAUUUGUGAGCAACCCUUACCCUCGGGUUGAUUCCAGAGAGCAACUCGCUAAGGAAAUCGGGGUUCCAGAGUCCAGAGUCCAAAUUUGGUUUCAAAAUCAAAGAUCCAGGUUCCGUGCCGGGAGAAGAAAAAAACCCGAUGAGCCUUCAGAACAGAAACAAGACGAGGAAUCGGCCACAGUCCUUGACGACUCUUCUGCCCAAGACCUCCCGCUGCCUACUUCCAUCCCCGCUUCCAGUCCCGAAGACCCAUGA